AUGACGGUCUUGAGGUCAGUAUUGAUUGAUGCUUAUGUAGCUUUGGAUGGCGGUCGGGGGUUGAAGCCAGCGGUUUCGCAGAGGGUGGUUGAGGAUGAGAUUCUUUUUAAUGAAUUUAUGAACAACGGCAUUAACGUGCUUCAUUCGACAACAGCAAGAGAUACCAUGCUUUAUCCGCGUCUCCCGCAGCUUUGUCGAGAAUCCAGCGCCUUGUAUUCUAUCUGCAUUGCGUUCCAACUCGCACUAUCGAGCACAGCCACCUCUCAGUUCUGCGAGUACUUCGACACCGCAUUAAAGACCUUUCGAUCAGAACUAGCAUGCAGCACGACCCUAUCCGAUGGGACGUUGACUUCGGGGCUGCUGCUGUGUACCAUUGGCCUGAUGCACGGCCUGCCCUGGACUAUGCAUUUAGAAGGUAUGCACAACAUCCUGCAGAGCCACGGGCUCGAUGAUUUGCACCGCCAAACUACCCCAACUCAAUUUCGUAUCCACCUCCUCGAAGUGAUGGGAGUGCUAGACCUUGCCUGCUUUUCGGUUGGUCGCCAGGCUCCAGAGAUCGGUAUCUGGCGCCGGUAUUGCCAACCCGCGGCACUCAGGUAUGGUAUCGAGCCUGUCAGCGGUCUUCCUCGUACACUACUUGAUAUAUUUGCUGGGAUAGGCGCGGAGACUACGGAGCAGACUCUUUGGGACUGGGCUGGCGAGCCAGGGACCUUUUUACAAUGUUAUCUGUGGGAGGCACAUCGACUGGCUGGUAUCCUGAUCAUCAGAAAACAAGCUAACACGUCUUCUACUCCUACUCCCAAUAACAAUAUCUCGGCACGGCGGCAGCCUGCCAAGUGUCCGGCAGAUACAUCCGUUCUUGUUGCGAGAAUCCUGGCUAGUCUUGAUGCUCUCCGUCUCGCGUCAGGUGAGCGCCCAACGGAAGAUGUUUUCAUCAAGAAUGCAAUCUUGUUUCCUAUGUUUGUCGCUGGAUUGGAAGCCAGUGUCCUGCGUCGCAAGCCGGAAUGGAAACAGACCAUUAGGAACGGUUUGCUAGGUUCUCAUCAGUGUGAGGUUCUUCUUAGUUUGCUGGAAGAGUUAUGGCAGAAGGAAGAUCCAAAUCUGAGUGUGCAUGAGUUGGCUCGACAAAAACGUCUAGAGAUGGGGUUGAUAUAA